GAACGUUAUCUUCCUGGCCAAUAUCUCAUGCGUUCAUAUGUUUAUAGCCAAACAAAGAGUACAAAUUAUUAAUUUCCACAUUGCCUUCCUCACUCUCUUAGCUUUUGUAUAAUGUGUUCUCAGUUUCCUACAUUAGAAAAAUUGAACAAGUAGCUAGGCCUGACAGCUCUUGGCUGAAAUGAAGCCAUCAUCAGCACCGAAAAUCGCGCAACCGGAGUCGAGUUCUUCAGCUAGUUGGAUGGUUUUUGAUGAGAACAAUAAAGCGGAUGCGGAUGCUAUUAGGGAGAGGACAGCGGAGUGGGGACAUAUGAUAAAUCCGGAGGAUGGAGACCGGAGUCGAAAUGCGUCCGAGAGAUUCGGACGCAAUAAUUCGACAGAGUCGGAAUCAGGUAUCCCGAGAGUCUCGCAAGAGUUGAAGGAUGCUUUAUCGACAUUGCAACAAACAUUUGUUGUGUCGGAUGCUACAAAGCCGGAUUGUCCGAUUGUGUAUGCUAGCAGUGGAUUCUUUGAGAUGACUGGUUAUUCGUCAAAAGAAGUCAUUGGAAGAAACUGUCGAUUUCUACAAGGACCAGAGACAGACCAAAAUGAAGUGGACAAAAUAAGACAUGCAGUGAAGACAGGAACAAGCUAUUGUGGAAGGCUUUUUAACUACAAAAAAGAUGGCACUCCGUUUUGGAAUCUACUUACAGUUACACCUAUCAAAGAUGACUCUGGCAAAACCAUUAAAUUUAUUGGAAUGCAGGUUGAGGUCAGCAAAUACACAGAAGGUGUUAGUGAAAAGCUAUUGCGACCAAAUGGACUGCCCAAUUCCUUGAUUCGUUAUGAUGCUCGUCAGAAGGAAAAGGCCUUGGGUUCUAUGAAUGAGGUUGUACAAACUGUGAAGCACCCACGCUCUCACAAGGACGAAAAGGACUAUCCAAAUAUUGAUUUUACUCACUUAAAACCAUCCGAAGUUGAAAGUUUGCAUGCUCCUAAUAGACAAACUCCUCGUGUAAUGUCCACAAGUGACCCAUAUCUCAGAAAUUCUACUCAAGACUCCAAGAGUAAAUUUAGAAAAUCACAGCAUGCAGCAUCAAUGGAUGGGUAUCAGGAGAGGUCUUCUAGCACUGCAGUAAAGCUUGAGGAUCAAUUGAGUAUUGAGCCUGAAGUUCUUAUGACAACAGACUUGGAACGCUCUGAUAGCUGGGAUCGUGCUGACAGAGAAAGGGACAUACGUCAGGGAAUUGACCUAGCAACCACAUUGGAGCGCAUUGAGAAAAAUUUUGUUAUAUCAGAUCCCAGACUUCCUGAUUGCCCCAUCAUAUUUGCAUCUGAUAGCUUUCUCGAGCUGACUGAGUAUACACGGGAGGAAAUAUUAGGAAGAAACUGCCGAUUUCUUCAAGGACCUGAAACAGAUCAAGCAACUGUACAAAAGAUAAGAGAUGCAAUUAAAGAACAGAGAGAAAUUACAGUGCAAUUAAUCAACUACACUAAGAGUGGGAAGAAAUUCUGGAAUCUAUUUCACCUGCAACCUAUGAAAGACCAGAAGGGGGAACUCCAGUACUUUAUAGGUGUCCAACUAGAUGGCAGUAAUCAUGUGGAGCCACUUAAAAAUCGUCUUUCAGAGAGUACAGAACAACAAAGUGCUAUGUUGGUCAAAGCAACCGCCAAAAAUGUUGAUGAAGCUGUUCGGGAACUUCCUGAUGCAAAUUCGACUGUUGAUGACUUGUGGGCUAUCCACUCUCAAUCUGUGGUGCCAAGACCUCACAACAGGUACAAUUCAGGCUGGCUGGCUAUACACAAGAUUACUGCGACUGGGGAGAAAAUUGGAUUAAAUCAUUUUAAGCCCAUAAGACCAUUGGGUUGUGGCGACACUGGAAGUGUUCAUUUGGUAGAACUAAAAGGAACAGGUGAACUGUUUGCUAUGAAGGCGAUGGAAAAAACCAUCAUGUUAAAUCGUAACAAGGUUCAUCGAGCAUGCAUAGAAAGGGAAAUCAUAUCAUUACUGGAUCAUCCUUUCCUCCCAACCCUAUACACUUCUUUUCAGACUUCUACGCAUGUUUGCUUGAUAACGGACUUUUGUGCUGGAGGGGAGUUAUUUGCCUUACUAGACAAGCAGCCACAAAAAAUAUUUAAAGAAGAUUCCGCAAGGUUCUAUGCGGCUGAAGUUGUUAUCGGCUUGGAGUAUCUUCAUUGUUUAGGUAUAAUAUAUCGAGAUCUGAAACCGGAAAAUUUGCUACUUCGGAAGGAUGGGCAUAUCGUAUUGACUGACUUCGAUCUUUCGUUUAGGACUUUCUGUAAGCCCCAAGUCAUAAAGCAUCCAGUACUUAAACGUAGAAGAUCCAGAAGCCAACCGCCACCAACAUUUAUUGCAGAGCCUGUUACACAGUCAAAUUCAUUUGUUGGAACUGAAGAAUAUAUUGCUCCAGAAAUUAUUAAAGGAGGUGGCCACAGUAGUGCUAUUGAUUGGUGGGCACUUGGUAUACUGCUCUAUGAAAUGAUUUAUGGCCGUACCCCAUUCAGAGGGAAAAAUAGGCAGAAGACUUUUGCCAACAUUUUGUACAAGGACCUUACCUUCCCAAGUAGCAUUCCGGCGAGUCUGGCAGCCAGACAGUUGAUUCAUGCACUGUUGAAAAGAGACCCUGAGAGUCGGUUAGGAUCAAAUGGUGGUUCCACUGAAAUUAAAGAGCACCCUUUCUUCCGCGAUAUUAAGUGGCCUCUUAUUCGUUGCAUGCAACCUCCACCUUUAGAUACACCUCUUGAAAUCAUCGGAAAAGAGUCGAAUGCCAAGGAAUUAAAUUGGGAUGAUGAUGGAGUUCUUGACAGUAAUAUUGAUAUCGAUCUAUUUUAGAGCUACGAUUGAAGCAAAUGGUGAUAGGCAAAAGCUGAUAAUCCUAAAUAUUGUGCUAUCUUUGUUCUGCUGGAAAAAUCACCCGAUGGAGAGUCUGAUCAGAGUUUGUGUAUCAUCAUUGUAAUAUCCUGUUUAAAUUAUGUUAUGUGCAGUUAGUUAUCUUGAGUUAAAUUGUUUCACAUGAAUAAACACCAACAAGUAUGCUAAUAAUCCAUUAAAUGUGAUAGGGAAGAAAUGUUUCAUCUGAAUAGUUUGUAUGUGUCUGCUCAUUGUCACCAUUUUCACAAUUAAUGCGGAAAUUUUGUAUACGCAGACAUUUUAGUUGUAAGAUUUUGAUUCUUAUCCAAAUUACUAUGAAUUAUA